GGUGAAUAUUGCGAUACCAUAUGGAAUAAAAUAGGAUGUAUCGUUAAACUAGGUACUGCACACCCGAAUGUACAUGUACCUACCAGGUGUGCUUGAUGACGCGACGCGCCAAAACCCCUGUGGCUCAAAUUGUGGCUUGGCUUUGUUUACAAACUUCCAAAAGUCAACAGUGGGGUAUCGCGAAGCAACCAGUUCUCUCAAGAUCAACGGCCUAGAAUUGCAAGCCGCCAUUCUACUGUUCUUGAUUCUCAAACCCCAUUUUCGUCGUUUCUCACUCUUGUCUUCCCAUUGCGCACCAUACAACUGCCAUGUCCUCGACGCGACCGUCCCGCCGCGCAGCGGCAAGGAGGACCGCCGUCAUCGACUCCGAUGAUGAUAUCGCCGACACGACCCAGAAGUUAGCCGACGAUAGCGAGGAUGACUUCAACCCUGUUGCACCGAGCAGCCCGCGCCGGCAGAGUAGGCGCAAGACCAUGGAGGUCCCAGCAACCCCCAAAAGAGGGGGUCGUGCGAAGAAGAGCAUUGCUCCCACUGCAGCUAGCGAGAUCUUCGAUCCCGACCAGACAUCGAUUGUGGACCAAGACGAACCCUUGAAGAAGGCAUCGCCACGGAAGCGCAAGAGCGUGGCUCCAAGAGCAGCAAAGAUGGCAACGCCAGAGCUCGAGGCUUCUCUUCCCACCCCGAAGCCUUCGGCGUCGCCAGAGCCUUCAGAACUCCUGCAGAGCACUCCAUUGGCUGAUAUUACAUCUUCAACGAUCAACGAGCAGCGGCGGCCGAUAGAUGAGACACUCCUAGCGGCAGUCAAGCCGAUCAGGGCGAUGGACACAAUCCUCGAAAAGCCCAUGGACAUUGUCUUGAAGUCGCGUACCACGACUAUACCGAUGGUCGAGGACAGGGGACCGAUGCCGCGCAUCGUCAUCACCUACCUCAUCCUGACCAACUUCAAGAGUUAUGCGGGAAGGCAAGAAGUCGGACCAUUCCAUUCGUCUUUCUCGUCUGUUGUCGGGCCCAACGGUUCGGGGAAGUCCAACGUCAUCGACUCUCUUUUGUUCGUCUUCGGCUUCCGUGCGAGCAAGAUGCGGCAAGGCAAGAUCUCGGCCCUUAUUCACAACUCUGCGCAAUAUCCAGACCUGGAGUAUUGUGAAGUCGCCGUGCAUUUCCAGGAAGUAAUGGACCUCCCUGGCGGUGGACACGAAGUUAUUCCCGACUCCGACCUCGUCAUUUCGCGGAAGGCCUUCAAGAACAACUCCAGCCAGUACUUCAUCAAUGGCAAAAAUUCCAACUUCACCACGGUCACCACACUUCUGCGGGAUCGUGGCGUCGAUCUGGAUCACAAGCGAUUCUUGAUCUUGCAGGGCGAGGUUGAAUCGAUCGCUCAAAUGAAGGCCAAAGCAGGAAACGAGCACGAGGAUGGGCUCCUUGAGUAUCUCGAGGACAUCAUCGGUACCUCAAAAUACAAGGCGCCGAUUGAAGAAUCAGCUGCCGAGGUUGACACCUUUAACGAAGUCUGCCUGGAGAAGAGCGGCCGGGUCCAACACGUUGAGAAGGAGAGGAAUAGCCUCGAGGACAAGAAGAACAAAGCCCUCGCCUACGUGCGGGACGAGAACGAGCUAGCUAUGAAGCAGGCUGCUCUGUACCAGCUGUAUAUUGCCGAGUGCGACGAUAACCUUGCUGUCACCAAGGAGGUGAUCGAGCAGAUGCAGGCACAGCUUGAAACAGAGCUGGAAAACCACAACGGCAGUGAGCAGAUCAUCAAGAAACUCGAGAAGGCAUACUCCAAAGGCAACAAGGAUCUGGAGGCACAGCACAAGGAGACGCAGGGCUUGAUUAAGGAGAUGGCCAAGUUUGACCAAGAGCGCGUCAAGUUCGAAGAGAAACGGAAAUUCCUCAACGACAAGCGGAAGAAGCUCGAGAAGACAAUCGCCAAUGCUGAGAACUCGGCUGCAGAGGCGGACCAGACGGUCGAGCAAUGUACCGAGGAGGUCGAGUCUCGAGCCCAGGAAAUUGCCGCGCUUGAAGAGCAGGUCAAGGUGGAGGAGGCUGAGCUAACCAGGAUCCGGGACGGCCUCAAGGGGAAAACCCAGACAUUCUCCGACAAGAUUGCGGCAAAGCAGAAGUCUCUCGAGCCCUGGAAGGAGAAGAUCAACCAGAAGCAGUCAGCCAUAGCCGUUGCAGAGAGCGAGCUGACAAUCCUGCAAGAGAAGGCAAAUUCCGGCGCCGUGGCUCUUGAAGAGCUGCAGGCCAAGAUCGCUGCCAUAGAGGAGGGCCGUGACGCGAAGUUGGAGGAACUCAAGGGAUGUCAAGCCGAGAAGGCAAGACUCGAGAGAGCAGCCAAGGAAGUUGGCGCCGAGCUGCAAAAGAUUGCGCAGGACGAGCCAAAACUCCGAUCGCAACUCUCCAAUGCCAGGCAGAAGGCUGACGAGGCCCGAUCUAGUCUGUCAGCGACCCAGACACGGGGAAAUGUCCUCACUGCUCUUAUGCGGAUGAAGGAGUCUGGCCGUAUCGAUGGCUUCCACGGCAGGCUUGGGAAUCUCGGAGCGAUCGACCAGAAAUACGACGUUGCCAUCUCCACUGCCUGUGGAGCCCUUGACAACUUUGUCACAGAUACCGUCGAAGCAGGCCAGCAAUGCAUCGAGUACCUGCGAAAGACAAACCUCGGUCGGGGUAACUUCAUCUGCCUUGACAAGCUGCGGGUUCGCGAUAUGUCUCCCAUCCAGACUCCGGAGAACGCGCCGCGCCUCUUCGAUCUUGUCCAAGCCAAGGAUGAAAGAUUCCAUCCUGCAUUCUAUCAUGCACUCCAGGACACCAUUGUGGCCAGGGACCUGGCACAGGCCAACCGCAUUGCCUAUGGUGCCAGGAGAUGGCGAGUUGUCACGCUUGACGGCGAGUUGAUCGACAAGUCCGGCACCAUGUCUGGCGGUGGCUCCACGGUUAAGAGAGGGCUGAUGUCGUCCAAACUGGUUGCCGACACUACCAAGGAGCAGGUGUCCAGGCUUGAGGUUGACCGUGAUGCCCUUGAACAGAAGUUCCAAGAGUUCCAAGACCGUCAGCGCGAACUUGAAUCUCGCCUCCGCGAUCUCAAGGACCAGAUUCCCGAACUCGAGACCAAGAUGCAGAAGAUCAACCUCGAGAUAGAAAGUGCUGCCAAGAACCUGGCAGAUGCCCAACGCCGCAUCAAGGAGCUCGGCAAGGAGCAUCAGCCGUCACAGUCGGAUGACAACAGGGUUGCUGUUCUACAAAAGGAGAUCGCAAAGCUGGGCAAGGAGGUCGACAAGCUUCAUGGGGAGACUUCAAGCGUGGAAGAAGAGAUCAAAGUGUUGCAGGACAAGAUCAUGGAAGUUGGUGGUGAAAAGCUUCGUGCCCAGAGAGCCAAGGUCGACUCACUGAAGGAGGAGAUCUCGUCCCAGAGCGAGGAGAUGUCCAAUGCCGAGGUCAAGAAAGCCAAGACCGAGAAGCAGAAGAUCAAGCUCGAGAAGGACUAUGCGAAGGCUACCAAGGAGCUUGAGGGCGCCAUUCGUGAUAUGGACAAGCUUGAGGAGGAGAUCCAAAACCAAGGCGACACUGCCGAGUCCUACGAGACAAGGGUCGAGGAGGCCCGCGAGGCCUUGGCUGUCAAGAAGGAGGAGCUUUCGGAACUGAAAGCGGAGCUGGACGAGAAGACGGCAGAGCUCAAUGCAACCCGUGCCGUCGAAAUUGAGAUGCGGAACAAGCUCGAGGAGAAUCAGAAAGUCUUCUCCGAAAAUCAGAAACGGUUGCGAUACUGGGAGGACAAGCUUUCGAAACUGGUCCUCCAGAACAUCGAGGACCUUGAGCAGGGCAGCAAGCCUUCAAAGAGCGAGGCCGAGGGAGAGGCUGAUCCGGAAGCCCAGCUCCAAGCCGAAGCGGAGGCCGACACAAGCACCGAGGCCGACGAGACUAUCAGGGGGCCGGGCCGAUCCAGCCCGCUGGAGCUGCCUCGAUACACCAAGGACGAGCUUGCCGACAUGAGCAAGGAGGCGCUCAAGGGCGAGAUUGCGGCGCUCGAGGAGAAGACACAGAACGUCAACGUCGACCUCGGCGUCUUGGCCGAGUACCGCCGCCGCGUAGAGGAGCAUGCGGCUCGGUCGUCGGACCUCGCCACCACGGUAGCGCAGCGCGACGCGGCCAAGAAGCGGUGCGACGACCUGCGCCGGCUGCGGCUCGAAGGAUUCAUGGAAGGCUUCAGCAUCAUCUCGCUGCGGCUGAAGGAGAUGUACCAGAUGAUCACCAUGGGCGGCAACGCCGAGCUCGAGCUGGUCGACUCGCUGGACCCCUUCAGCGAGGGCAUCCUGUUCAGCGUCAUGCCGCCCAAGAAGAGCUGGAAGAACAUUGGCAACCUGUCGGGCGGCGAGAAGACGCUCAGCUCGCUGGCGCUAGUGUUUGCCCUGCAUCACUACAAGCCGACGCCGCUGUACGUCAUGGAUGAGAUCGACGCCGCGUUGGACUUCAGAAAUGUCUCGAUUGUGGCCAGCUAUAUCAAGGAGCGGACCAAGAACGCGCAGUUCAUCGUCAUCUCCCUGCGCAACAACAUGUUCGAGUUGGCGGCGCGGUUGGUCGGCGUGUACAAGGUCAACCACAUGACCAAGAGCGUCACCAUCGAUAACAAGGAUUACAUUUCUCGGAGGGGCCAGCAGCAGCAGCAGCAAGGCGGCCAGGUUGCCCAGCUGCCCUUGAGAUGAGGAGUCUGAGACUGUUUUCCUCCACCCUUUCAUGUCUCCUGGUUUUUUUUUUUUUUUUUUUUUGGAUGAGGAUGGGAUAGGAUGAGGGUCGUUUUGGCUUCGGGGAUUCCCUAUCAUGACUGUGAUUUCCUAGCCAGGCAAGGUUCAGGAGGUAACCAACUUGUAGUAAUGAAUGAAUCGGAACAUAUAUGCCUCGUGA